UCAUCCCCCGUUUUCCCAUUGCUGACCCCAUUAUGACAAAGAGCGAGAGAACGAGCAAGAGCCCGGCAGACAGACAGAUACUGACAAACAGACAGAAGCGUUCCUCUUUGCUGAGGCUGUACCAGUCAAUAGUUUACUGGAGCUUCACUGGCAUGUUUUCACUGAUGCAACUCAAUGAGAAGAGAAAGUCUUUUCUUCUGUCUCUCAUCCCAGCACACAACUAAAUCAGGAUGGACCAUGGAGACAGAGGGAUGGGGAUGUCUCACCUUCGCUACGAGGACGAGGAGGACCAUCAGUCCAUCUAUAUUGGUGUCCCGGUAUCUCGGGGAUAUCGACGUAAACGCAGGCGAAGGCGUUCCCUUCGUGAUCCUCCCGGUUCUGACAGAGAAAGACACUACAGUCACCACGGACACCAUGACCGGUACAGAGACAUAGACGUAGAAGAGGGACUGAUGGAGUCAACGGAGCAGAGUCUCCAAGACAUCAACCGCACAGUGUCCCCGGCAGCAGAGCGACUACGUUACAUCCUGAAUGAAGAUGAUGACAUGCCCACACCGACGCUCUUCACAGAGAUGGACACUCUGCAGCGAGAAGGAGACGAGCUGGAGUGGAAGGAGUCCGCCAGGUGGGUGAAGUUUGAGGAGAAGGUGGAGGAGGGCGGGGAGAGAUGGAGUAAACCCCACGUGUCCACGCUGUCGCUGCACAGCCUGUUUGAGCUCAGGACGUGUCUCCAAACGGGAACGGUGCUGCUGGACCUGGAAGGCUACUCGCUGCCUCAAAUAGUUGAUGACAUCAUAGACAGACAGAUAGAAGAAGGCAUGAUAUCUCCUGAUAUCAGAGAGAAAAUCAGUUUUGUGCUGCUGAGAAAACAUCGACAUCAGACCAAGAAGCCAAUUCACCGCUCCCUGGCUGACAUGGGCAAGUCCAGCUCCUCUGCCAAUCGGAACCCGGCGCCUCGAGGUGGAACGGGUCCAGGCCCGAGUCCCGGGCAAGCGUCCAACUUUAACCGAUCCACAGAGGACCUCCGAGUGAAGCAGCAGGCUGCUAACUAUGGCCGUCUGCGUCACGCCCAGAGCAGGAGUAUGAAUGACAUUGCAGACACUCCCAGCACGGACCAGCUUAAAAAUAAAUUCAUGAAGAAAAUUCCCAGAGAUGCAGAGGCAUCCAAUGUCUUAGUUGGAGAAGUGGAUUUCCUCAACAAACCCUUCGUAGCCUUUGUCCGGUUGGCCCAGGCCACAACGCUAGGUGGUCUGACAGAGGUACCCGUCCCCACCAGGUUCCUGUUUGUUCUUUUGGGACCCCAAGGAAAAGCCAAGUCAUACAAUGAGAUCGGCCGAGCCAUAGCAACCCUGAUGGUGGAUGAUCUCUUCAGUGACGUAGCCUAUAAGGCCAGAGAUCGAGAGGACCUCAUUGCUGGCAUAGAUGAGUUUUUGGAUGAAGUGAUUGUGCUUCCUCCUGGAGAAUGGGAUCCAAAAAUCCGCAUUGAGCCACCAAAGAAAGUCCCUUCAGCUGAUAAAAGGAAGUCAGUGUUUUCCUUAAAUGAGCUGGGCCAGAUGAAUGGUACAGCUGGAGGAGGAGGAGGGCUCGCUGAGGAUGAAGAGAUGCCGGCUCAGCAUGAGCUUGGAGAGGAACUAGCUUUCACUGGACGCUUCUGUGGUGGUUUGUACUUGGACAUGAAGCGGAAAUUGCCAUGGGUGCCAAGUGAUUUCUAUGAGGGGUUCCACAUUCAGUCCAUCUCAGCAGUGCUCUUCAUCUACUUGGGUUGCAUCACCAACGCCAUCACCUUUGGCGGCCUCCUCGGAGAUGCUACUGACAACUACCAGGGUGUGAUGGAGAGUUUCCUGGGCACAGCCUUGGCUGGUACUGUCUUCUGUCUCUUCAGUGGCCAGCCCCUCAUCAUCCUCAGCUCCACUGGACCCAUCCUCAUCUUCGAGAAGCUCCUCUUUGAAUUUAGCAAGAACAAUGGUAUAGAUUAUAUGGAGCUGCGUCUGUGGAUCGGCAUCCACUCCUGCCUGCAGUGUUUCAUCCUUGUGGCUUCUGAUGCCAGUUACAUCAUCAAGUACAUGACACGCUUCACUGAGGAGGGCUUCUCCAGCCUCAUCUCCUUCAUCUUCAUCUCCGAUGCCAUCAAGAAGAUGGUGGGCUCAUUCAAAUAUUACCCCAUCAACACUGACUUCAAGCCCGACUAUGUGACCACCUAUAAGUGCGAGUGCCUGGCCCCAGACCCGAUUCCAAUGCCAGAUAACAGCUCUAGUGUCUCUGGGUUGAAUGUGACAGGCUUGGACUGGAGCCAGCUGAGCAAGAAGGAGUGUGUCAAGUACGGAGGCUCUCUGGUGGGAAAGUCCUGCAAAUUCGUGCCCGACCUGGCUCUCAUAUCCUUCAUCCUCUUCUUCGGCACCUACUCCAUGACCGUCUCUCUCAAGAAGUUCAAGUUCAGCCGCUACUUCCCUACCAAGCUGAGGAAACUCAUCAGCGACUUCUCAAUCUUCAUGUCCAUCAUGACGUUUGUUGGGCUUGACAUGUUGAUGGGACUCAAAACUCCCAAACUCAUUGUCCCGACAGAAUUUAAGCCAACACGGCCGGGUCGUGGCUGGAUCAUAAUGCCUUUUGGGAAGAACCCAUGGUGGGUGUACGUGGCCAGCUUUGUCCCUGCGCUCCUCGUGACUAUCCUCAUCUUCAUGGACCAGCAGAUCAGUGCCGUCAUCGUGAACCGUAAGGAGAACAAACUUAAGAAAGGUUGUGGGUACCACCUGGAUCUGUUUUGGGUCGGUGUCCUGAUGGCUGUGUGCUCCUUCCUGGGUCUGCCCUGGUACGUAGCUGCCACCGUCAUCUCCAUCGCCCACAUCGACUCCCUGAAGAUGGAGAGUGAGUCCAGCGCUCCAGGAGAAGCGCCGCAGUUCCUCGGGGUCAGAGAGCAGAGAGUGACGGGUAUCCUGGUCUUCGUUCUCACUGGCGUUUCCAUCUUCCUCGCUCCAAUUCUUAAGUACAUCCCCAUGCCUGUGCUGUACGGCGUCUUCCUCUACAUGGGUGUAGCUUCCCUCAGUGGAAUCCAGUUCUGGGACCGAAUUAAAUUGUACUUGAUGCCAUCGAAGCACCAGCCUGACUUCUCUUACCUCCGUCACGUUCCCCUGAGGAGGGUUCAUCUGUUCACUCUGGUUCAGAUUAUAUGUCUGGCUGUGCUCUGGGUCCUCAAGUCAACCUUCUUAGCCAUCAUAUUUCCUGUUAUGAUCCUGGGUCUGAUGGUGGUCCGAAAGAUACUGGACAUGAUCUUCUCCCAGCAUGACUUGGCCUGGAUAGAUGACCUCUUGCCUGAUAAGGAGAAAAAGAAGAAGGACGAUGACAAGAAGAAGGGAAAGGACAAGGAGAAGAGGAAGCCCAAAGCCGAGGACAGUGAGGAAGAGGAGAAGUACCACGGCUACGCCAACCACUCGCCCGGCUCUGACUCAGACGUGGAUCGCAGCAUCACCCUGCACUUGAAGAUCUCCUGCCCGUCGUCCCCAGCCAUGCCGGGGGGCCGAGGGAUGGGCUGCCCCGUGCCCCAGGUCAAGAUCGAGAUGGAGUCGGACUACGAUUCAGACAUGGACCACCACCGGCCCCGAGACUUGAGCAGUGAGACCACGUUAUGAAUGCAAGACAUGGUGUCUUGUUAAGAAAAGGCCGUGUACUGAACGCAGCCGGGUUCUGACCUGCAGCAGCAGCGUUCAGGCCGACAUGGGACUGAUGCCUCGGAACAAGUUGUAAACACCAUCUCCUUCUCAAAUAGUGUGUUUUUGGUAUGUUGUGCUGUGUAUAGUGUGUUAAAAACUGAAUUUAUUUAUUUAUUUACUUAUAUAUUGUAAAUUAUUAAGAGGAAAAGUUGAUCUGUUUAGGAUAUUUGUGAGAAAUGUAACUUUAGUACUGCUACCUAUGCGCAGAUAUUGUACUAUCAUUGUAAUUACACUACAUCAUUUGAAAUAAGCUUCAUGUACAGACACUAAAUUUAAAGGAGCUUGAGGCAAGAAUAAGAUAUGAGACUCAUUAGCGCCACGACGACCAUCGGGGUUCCUGUAGCCAACAGCAAAGCCGGCACGGGAGAACGGGGAGAACGCGCAUGCAGCGUCAUGUGACGUCACAUCCGCAGGACAGCGCGGGAAAUUCGGGCCCAGAAUUGCAGCGCAUUUUGCAGCACACAGCCUGUUCCAAGGCAACGGAGAGAUACACUAGAGGGCUCAUUCUUUUUGGUUUGGAACACUUCAUCUGACAUUAUUACUAGAAAACUUAAAAUGUAUACGCAUUUUUUUCAUAAAUCCUGCCUCAAGCUCCUUUAAGGCAGGAAACUGUUUCCGCGUCAGUAAUGGGAAUGAGUGCCACGUGAGGUCUAGGCCACGCCCCCUGGUUUCAGCCCGUAUCUUUGUGUUAGGCAUGUUUGAAUACUUGUGUUCUCUGACCCCACUGAGCCGGCUCUCCUUCCCCCGUUUCCCUUCAGUUCACAACACCACACAUUGGCACAUUUUUCCAGGAACAAAAAGAAACAACCAAAAGACCCUGAUGCUGUGACGUUUCUGAAAAGCGACACGUGUAACGUGUCAGAUGUAACAGGUUCACGCUGUGUGGGAGCGUGGGUCACCCAAACCAGAGCGCUUCAUGUAAGAUAACACGCGGGUUUAAAUAAACUAAAUAAACAU